UUCCGGCCCGGACAUGGCCGCUGGAUGCAGGAAGCAGAGGGCCCGUUGUGUACAACACUGAACAACAGUAGACAAGCUAUCAUAUAAUAGAUCGGACCGUUCGACUCGCCAGUCCGCGGUGUCCCGGCGUGGUCCGGUUUUGCAAAUCCACAGCCAACAGCUUUCGUUUGGAAAUUAACCAUGGCUAGCGCUCAACUAUUCGAGGAACCUUUCGAUGCGGAUGAGUACAUCGAGCGGCUGGCAUGGAGGACCCCAGGAGGAGGCUCCAAAGGAGGGGCUGAGGCGUUUGACCCCAAAAGGCUGCUGGAGGAGUUUGAGAAGCACAUCGAGGAGCUCAAGCAGUUGGACGAGCGCAUCCAGAGGAGGGUGGAAAAGCUGGAGCAACAGUGCCACCGGGAGGCCAAGGAGUUCGCCCGCAAAGUGCAAGACCUGCAGAGGAGCAACCAGGUGGCAUUCCAGCACUUCCAGGAGCUGGACGAGCACAUCAGCUACGUUGCUACGAAGGUGUGCCACCUCGGCGACCAGCUGGAAGGUGUGAACACGCCGCGGCAAAGGGCGGUGGAGGCCCAGCGCCUCAUGACCUACUUCAACGAGUUCCUGGAUGGGGAGCUGCGCAGCGACGUCUUCAACAACCCAGACAAGAUUAAAGAAGCUGCUGACAUUAUUCAGAAGCUGCACCUCAUCGCCCAGGAGCUGCCGUUUGACAGGUUUGCUGAUGUCAAAGCCAAGAUUGCCAGUAAAUACCAUGAUCUGGAGCGUCAGCUGAUCCAGGAGUUCACGGCCGCUCAGCGCAGGGGCGAGAUCGGCCGCAUGCGGGAGGUGGCCGCAGUCCUGCUGCACUUCAAGGGCUAUGCACAUUGUGUGGAUGUCUACAUCAAACAGUGCCAGGAGGGGGCCUACGCACGGGCAGACGUGUUUGAAGACACCGCCCUCCUGUGCCAGCGCGUCAACAAGCAGGUGGGCGAGGUCUUCUGCAGCCCGGAGACCGUCAUGGCAAAGCUCAUCCAGAACAUUUUCGAGAACAAGCUGCAGACCCAUGUGAGGGACAAACUUGAGGAGACCCGGCGGUCCGAUGCAGAGCAGUACCUCAAGAACCUGUACGACCUCUACACCAGGACGACGACCCUGGCCACCAAGCUAAUGGAGUUCAACCUGGGCUCGGACAAGCACACCUUCCUGUCCAAACUGAUCAAGAACAUCUUCUCGUCCCACCUGGAGAGCUACAUGGACAUGGAGCGGGAAUACCUGCGCACACGCAGCUCCAUGAUCCUGCAGCGCUACUACGACUCCAAGAACCACCAGAAGCGCCCGCUCGGCACCGGCAGCAUCCAGGAGCUGAAGGAACGCAUCCGACAGCGCACCAACCUGCCGCUGGGGCCCAGCAUCGACACCCACGGGGAGACCUUCCUCUCCCAGGAGGUGGUGGUCAACCUGCUGCAGGAGACGCGCCACGCCUUUGAACGUUGCCACAGGCUAUCAGACCCCUCUGACCUGCCCAAGAAUGCCUUCUCCAUCUUCCUGCUGCUGGUGGAGCACCUGUGUGUAGACCACAUUGACUAUGCGCUGGAGAUCGGCCUGUCAGCUAUCCCCUCAGCCGACGCGAAGAAUGCCAACCUCUACUUCCUGGAUGUGGUGCAGCAGGCCAACACCAUCUUCCACCUCUUUGACAAGCAGUUCAAUGACCACCUCAUGCCACUCAUCAGCUCCUCCCCCAAGCUCACCGAGUGCCUGCACAAGAAAAAGGAGGUGAUCGAGCAGAUGGAGGUCAAGCUGGACACUGGUAUUGACAGGACUCUGAACUGCAUGGUGGGCCAGAUGAAGCACAUCCUGGCCACUGAGCAGAAGAAGACCGACUUCAAGCCGGAGGACGAGAACAACGUGAUGAUCCAGUAUACCAAUGCCUGCUCCAAGGUGUGCGCCUACGUCAGCAAGCAGGUGGAGAAGGUGCGGCAGUCGAUGGACGGGAAGAACGUGGACACGGUGCUGACAGAGCUGGGCGUGCGCUUCCACCGCCUCAUCCACGAGCACCUGCAGCAGUUCAGCUACAGCUCCAUGGGCGGCAUGCUGGCCAUCUGCGACGUGGCCGAGUACCGGCGCUGUGCCAAGGACUUCCGGGUCCCCCUGGUACUGCAGCUCUUCGACACCCUCCAUGCUCUGUGUAACCUCCUGGUGGUUGCCCCUGAUAACCUGAAGCAGGUGUGCUCAGGGGAGCAGCUCACCAACCUGGACCGUAACCUGCUGCACGCCUUCGUCCAGCUGAGGGCUGACUACCGCUCUUCCAGGCUGGGCCGCCACUUCAGCUAACGACCUCCAGAGGUCGCCGUAACUUCCCUGUAGCCAACAACACUACUGCCCAAUCACACCGCACCUACCAUAUCUCUCUAUCUACCUUCUAUAAUCAACAGCCUCAUCCCCAGGAAGUUCAACAAAUUCCAGCGUCCCUUCCCCCCCCCCAC